CCCGCCUAGAGUUCAGCCGGGCAGUGCUUCAGCGAGCCAUGGGCUUUGUGCCUGGCGACCUGAACUGCCUGGUGAAGGUUCCGGGCAACGCAGACAUUUUUGAGAUCAGUUUCCGGUCUGCAAAUAUCCUGGAGAGGUUCUGGAACCUCUAUAGAGAGGGGAAGGGUAAGGCCCCCCUCAGUGUUUUUGACGUAGAGCCCCUGUCUGACACCGAAAACAAGGUGGUCACUGUGCAGUUUUACAACGAAGCUGUGCAGGACCACGAUGUGAGUACGUGGUUGGGCAGGUAUGGUCUUGUUAGAUCUGAAGCCCGGAGAGUCCUUGAUGAGGACGGAGUCUGGACCGGAGCCAGGAAAUGGCUGGUACAACUCAAGCCCGACCCCUCUGCACCUGGGGGGGUAUGCCACAUCCCCAGCACCAUCACGCUGGGGAGACACAGGGGGGUGGUGUUUUAUUACGGCAUGCCCAAGCUGUGCAGGAACUGCGGCGAGUUAGGCCACUUAGCCGCAGCCUGCACAGUGGUCAAGUGCAAGUCGUGCGGCGGCGAACACGAGACCAGGGCAUGCCGUGACCCGAAGCCCUGUAACCUCUGCGGAGCGAGGGGGCAUCUCUUUAGAGAUUGUCCCCUCUCGUACGCGAACAGGGCUCGGAGCACCGCCCCCCCUCCACCGUCUGCUGCCCCCCCUCCGGCCCCGCUCCCCCCGCCUACCCCCAUGCCACGCACCAGACCACCCACCCCUACCUCCUCCCAGCCUGGAAGCCCAACCCCACAUGCACAGACCCCAGCACAAGACCCUACCCCCUGUAUCCCCAACGCCGGAACCCCCAACUCCACAGUGCCCCCUGCCUUAGACCCCACCAACCCCGUCACUGUCACUAUCAAGGAGGAGCCUGACUCUGACACCCCCAUUGUGGUGUUGGAGUCAGACUCCUCAACCUCAGACUCGGAUUCCACUACUCCUUGGCAACAAGCUAAAAAUAAAAAGGGCAAACGAAUUCGAUCACCAACCACAGUCCAACAACAACCCGGUCAACCUCCCAACCCAGCAAUAGUGCGCCAAAUAAUCAAACCCACAAAAACAUUGAAACAGCUUCACCCCAAAAUGGUACAUAAAACACCACCUACAGCCAGGCCUGAGCCCCCUCCCCGCCCUACAAAACCACCCACACCACCGCCAGUACACAGUACAGAAACUUUACACACCUCCACCACCACACAACUAAGAACAAUCAGGGACCAGCCAGUCUCCGGUCCAGACCCUGUUAAAGGAUCUGGAACAGCAACCUCCUCUCAGGGCCCUCCAGGGACUGGGGGGAAGCCUGGGGCAAAAACACCUGCCCCCACCUCUCCAGGACGGAACCUCCCAGGCAGUCAGGAGGGGAGGCCUGUGGGUGCACAUGGUCCGGGGGUGAGUAGGCGCCUCAAUAACCAGGACUUGGUAAACCACAAACUCAAUAACAUCUGUAAACAAAUAGCCAAUAGUAAUAUAGGAAAAUAAAUCACACAUAACAAUAAAAUUAUGGAACAUACAAUAACACUCAACAUUAAACACCCGUAGCAUCAAAGAUCCAUCAAAACGACAUACAGUAUUCUCCAUUCUGUCACAGGUCCCCUCAGACGUCAUCCUGCUCCAGGAAUGUGGCAUUCCGUUCCGGGAGUUGGAUGGCGUUCUGAGGGAGGAAUGGAGAAUGGGAGACUCUCUCUGGUCUGGCUCAAACAUCGCCAGAGCUGAUGGGGUCGGCACGUUGGUGAAAAAUCCCUACGUGCGUAUAACAUCUAGCAACGUCGUAGAGAGUGGGCGAAUCCUCGUCACCGACUUCGAUGUCGGGGGUUCCCCACUCAGGGUAAUCAACGUGUACGGCCCCACCAGCGUGGCCGAGAGGGUCUCCCUUUUCACAAAACUACCUCCAUUAAUACAUUGCACAAUGCCGGUUGUCGUGGGGGGGGAUUUCAACUGUGCCCUAUCAGAUGAGGACCGCAGCAGACCCAGACGGGACCGCUCCAGCGACCUGCUGCGGUCCCUCAUAGAGGACUUCUCCCUCCGCGACGCCGGGGGCGCCUCUCCCCCCCAACACAGGUGGAGGUGUGGUGGUGUCUGAAGA